UGAUUUUGUUCCAUUUCUUUAUGCAUUAUCUUCACAUGACAGACUCUGCAGAUCACCUGACACAAUGGUUGUGAAAACAAAUCUCCACCUCUCUAGUUACUAGCCUUGCUGCAGUAAAUAAUCACCAGCCAAGAGAAUUGUUUUCUUUCUCUGGGAUACACGUAUUGAACUGGAAUCUAUUCACCUUGCAACUAUUGUGGUUGAUUUAUAAUGCCAAUAAGACUGCCUCAGAGACCAGAGAUGACAUUUUCAACAUAUGAUCCAAACUACAUACCUGGAUAUGGUGGUUUUGUACCAAAGCUUCGCAGCCAAAUAGGAGAAACCUAUGGGAAUGCAACUCUGCGAUUACUCACCUAUGAGCCUGGUCAACCUAAGUCAUCUCGUCUAACUCUUAUUGAAGCUCAACCAAAAUGGAAUGAUUAUUAUCCCAGACAUCUACUAAAUCGGACAUAUGGUCAACCUGACAUGAGCAGAUACACCGAGCAGUUCAUUGACAAGAGCAUCAAAAAUGGUUACUUCUAUCCCAGAAGUGGUAAGUAUUACUAUGCCUUAAGGCACUACAUGUAUGAUAACAACCCUCAUACUACAGCAGCGAUUGAGACGAUAGAAGAAAUCAAACCCAUGUUACAUGAUCCAGAAACUGCAGCUGUAACUAAGCAGAAUAGUAUGCUGAAGGAAGUGACCAGGCUUGACAGCCUACAGAGGACAUCAAUAAGAGGUAGACCCCCUCCAGAAUUAUUCAAAGAAUCAAAAGAUUCACAUGAGGUUUUAGAUACAUCAAGAGAUGCAACCAGAUCAUUGCAAGGACCAGGUAUAUUCCAAGAAUCAAGAGGCAAAGAUAAGCUGAAACGUCCAUCAACAGUUCCCCAACAGAUGUCAUCUGCUCAAUUACAUAAUUCUACAUCUCUGGUGUCUGACAUCUGCAGAGAAAGGCCAGUGACAGAAUGUGGGAGAAUGGAAGAUUAUGCCCAGAAUCGACAAGGCAGAGUAAUUUAUAAACGUGAAACUGGAAUUGUGCCAAAUUAUGCAGGUUAUGUUCCAGGUGAGAAGUUUACACAUGGGAAGACAUGGACUUUGACCACGGAGAAUACCUUAGGCAUAGGGAAGCACAAGCCAUUCCAGAGGACAUCACUUUUUUAAUAUCCUGCCUAAGGACAGUUAAUAUCAAUAAAAGUCUGAUUAAUGGAUUUGAAACAAGUUCAAGAAGCUGUAAUUACAAACUAACUAAAAUCAUACUAUCAACCUGCAUGUUUAAUCCUAAUUGACAUGAAAUGUCAUGCAUAGACUUUCGACAAUUAGUUUUCAUAAACUGAUGUGAUUACCUCAGCUGUGAAUUUUUCAGUGACUAUAACAAAGAAUGCUACAUUUCUGUAUAAAAGAUGUUUAUUAUGUAUAAUUUUGCAUGUGUUUCGUAAUUGGACAACAUGCCAGCAGAACCCUUCUUUUUGUCUAUAGCAAUUACUUUGCAUGUACACUAGAAUCUUAACAUGGAUUAAACCAGUUCAUAGCAAAGAUACAUAUACUGCAUUUUAAUGACAAUAGUUGAUAUAACUGGUGCUAUGUAUUUACAUUAUUUUACUUUUUACCCUUUGGCUUGGGUUAUAGCUAGAAAUUGUCUGGUUUGGAUCAGCUCACUGAGUACAAACAGAAUAAAACAAAUUGUAUAUGAACCCUCA